GAAAGAGGAGUAUUCGCUGCUAUUUAGAAGAAGAAUUUUGAACGGUCUACUAUGGCUUUGAAUGGGGAUAUGUGUGUGGUGACAGGCGCUUGUGGAUUUCUGGGCAGGAGACUGAUCAGGCUGCUGCUGGAGGAGGAGAGUCUAAGUGAAAUCCGACUUGUUGACAAACAAAUCAAACUGGAAGAUGUUCAGAGUUUUAAAGACUGCAGAGGGGACACUCGGGUGCGUGCCUAUGAAGGAGACAUUCGGGACAGCGCCUUCCUGAGACGAGCCUGCCGGGGGGCCUCCACUGUCUUCCAUGUGGCUUCCAUCAUUGAUGUGGACGGAUCAGUGGAGUUCAGUGAGUUGCAUGGAGUCAACGUAAAAGGUACACAGCUGCUCUUGGAGGCUUGUAUUGAAGAAAACGUGUCCUCCUUCAUCUACACCAGCACUAUAGAGGUGCUGGGCCCAAACCCUUCCGGUGAACCCAUCUACAACGGGACAGAGGAGACACAGUACAAAUGCUCCCUCAAGUUUCCCUACAGUAAAACCAAGAAGGAGGCAGAAGAAAGGUCGCUGAAGGCCAAUGGUGAACUACUGCCCGAUGGGACCCGGCUGGCCACCUGCGCCCUGCGACCCAUGUACAUUUACGGAGAGGGGUGCCGCUUCCUCCUGGGACAUAUGGCAGAUGGUGUACGCAACAGGAAUGUUUUGUACCGAAUGUCCUUAAAAGAAGCAAAGGUGAAUCCUGUUUAUGUUGGCAAUGCAGCAAUGGCUCAUCUCCAAGCAGCACGUGCUCUAAAAGAUCCCAAUAAACGAAAUGUCGUAGGUGGGAGGUUUUACUUCAUAUCGGACAACACGCCUCCAGUGAGUUACUCAGACUUUAACCAUGUGAUGAUGUCCCCUCUGGGCUUCAGUAUCCAGGACAAGUUGCCUAUGCCCCUGGGUUUGCUGUAUGUGUUGUGUUUUCUGUUGGAGGUGGUUUGUACAAUACUGCGCCCUUUCGUUCGCCUGGUCCCACCACUGAACCGACAUCUGCUCACAAUGUUAAAUACACCAUUCACUUUCUCCUAUAAGAGGGCACAGGCAGAGCUGGGAUAUGCCCCCCAAUACAGCUGGCAAGAGGCACGUAAGAGCACUAUAGAGUGGCUUGCGGGGCAGCUACCUGCAGUCAGAGAGAAAUUAGAAACAUGAUUAUUUAAUACUAUAUCUUCCUCUGUACGCACUGUAAU